AUGGGUCCCAUUUCAUUUGUCUUGGCUCACAAUAAGUUUUUCUAUAUCUUUCCUAUAGCCAUCUUUGCUAUAGAAAAGUAUUCCCCUGUAUUGCUGUUGGUCCAUGGAAGAGAUCUCUCACUGCAGAAGGCAACAUUUUCAUUGGAGAUAAAGAGGAGCCCUCUUCGUUCGCCGACUUCGACUCCAUCCUCUGUGUGUCCUUCCCAUUCUUCCACCUCUUUCCCGAAGCAAACCCUAGAUUUCCCGAUUCGAAGCCCCAAAUUGUCCCGCAAAGCCAACUUCCUUCCCCCUAUUUGCGCCGUUGCCGUACCAGAGAAAGUAGAGAAGAUUGGAAACGAGCUCAAAAACCUAACCCUAGAAGAAGCUCGCAGCCUCGUUGACUGGUUACAGGAAGAGCUCGGUGUCUCCGCUGCUGCCUUCGCACCGGCGGCUGUUGCCGUAGCGCCUGGUGCCGUUGCCGAUGCGGGACCAGCCGUCGUUGAGGAGCAAACGGAGUUCGAUGUUCUUAUCGAGGAAGUGCCGAGUAACGCGAGGAUUGCAACGAUUAAGGCCGUGAGAGCACUUACGAAUCUGGCGUUGAAGGAAGCGAAGGAGUUGAUUGAAGGAUUACCGAAGAAAUUCAAGGAGGGAACCUCAGAGGAAGGGGGGUGUCGAUCUUCGAAUGAACAUGAUAAAUUUUCAUAGAUUUUUAAGUUGGUGUGUCGGUCGAUCGUGGAAUUGUGCCCCUUUUUUGUUUCGAGAAACAAGCGAAACAAGUAAAACUUGUUUCGUCAUUCAUGUUUCUUGAAGCAUAAAUUGUUAUA